AUGCUUUCCCAUUCAAUAAAUCAAUCAAGAAUAAUAACAAGAAUCAUGUCAACAACAAUUAAGAAACAUUACGACUAUCUAGUCAUCGGUGGGGGAUCAGGUGGUGUAGCCUCCAGUAGAAGAGCCGCAUCAUAUGGUGCUAAAUGUCUCGUCAUAGAAGGUAAGGCAUUGGGUGGUACUUGUGUCAAUGUAGGUUGUGUCCCUAAGAAAGUCAUGUGGUAUGCUUCUGAUUUGGCUACUAGAAUUUCUCAUGCUAAUGAAUAUGGGUUAUAUCAAGAUUUUAAAUUGAAUAAAGAGAAUUUGACAUUUAAUUGGCCAGAAUUCAAAACGAAAAGAGACGCUUAUGUUCAUAGAUUGAAUGGUAUUUACGAAAAUAAUUUGAAGAAGGAAGGCGUGGACGUUGUCUUUGGAUGGGCUCAAUUCAAUAAAGAUGGGAAUGUGGAGGUUAAGACGAGAAGUGGGGAAACCGAAGUAUAUUCUGCUGAUCGUUACCUGAUCGCCACAGGUGGAAAACCUGUUUAUCCUAAAGGCAUCCCAGGUUUUGAAUACGGGACAGAUUCUGAUGGGUUUUUUAGAUUGGAAAACCAACCUAAAAAGGUCGUUGUGGUCGGUGCAGGUUAUAUCGGUACCGAAUUAGCUGGUGUCUUUCAUGGCCUAGGUAGUGACACUCAUUUAAUUAUCAGAGGUGAAACUCUAUUAAGGAAAUUCGAUGACUCCAUUCAAGAAACUAUUACGGAUCAUUAUGUGAAAGAAGGUAUCAAUGUUCAUAAAUCGUCUCAAAUUGAAAAAAUUGAAAAAGAUGAAAUGACGAAGAAAUUAACCAUACAUUUAAAUACAUCAGAAGUUUUGGAAGAUGUUGAUGAAUUGAUUUGGACCAUUGGCCGUAGAUCUUUCUUAGGUUUAGGAUUAGAAAAUAUCGGUAUAGAACUAAACAGUAAGCAAGAAAUUAUAACCGAUGAAUAUCAAAAUACAAAUGUUCCUAACGUUUAUUCUCUUGGUGAUGUUCAAGGUCGUGUCGAAUUGACUCCUGUUGCCAUUGCUGCUGGAAGAAAGUUAGCAAACAGAUUGUUUGGACCAGAAAAAUUCCGUAAUGAUAAACUAGACUAUGAAAACGUUCCUAGUGUAGUCUUCUCUCAUCCUGAAGCUGGUUCCAUUGGUCUUUCUGAAAAGGAGGCUAUUUCCAAGUACGGGAAGGAAAACAUUAAACUAUACAACACUAAAUUUACUGCAAUGUAUUACGCUAUGUUAACAGAAAAAUCUCCUACCAGAUAUAAGAUUAUCUGUGUUGGUCCAGAAGAAAAAGUAGUCGGUCUACAUAUCGUUGGUGAUUCUUCUGCAGAAAUCUUACAAGGAUUCGGUGUCGCCAUUAAGAUGGGUGCAACUAAGUCAGAUUUCGAUAAUUGUGUUGCUAUUCAUCCUACAAGUGCUGAAGAACUAGUCACUAUGAGAUAG